CUCCCCGUUCCGUCCCACUGCGCUGAGCCGCAGAGGUCGGCCCCGCCUCCCCUUCCCGCAGGGCUCGGACUUGGCGCCCGGAGGCUGCGGCGGGGGCCGGGCGGAGGAGGUGCUGAGUCCUAGGUUUGCACCUGAGCUAGGCUGGCAGCAGCGGGCGCUCGCCCCCAGGCUUCCCUCCUCCGCUGGGAUCGGCGCAGCCUCUCGCCCGCUCUGCCUGUCACGCUGGGGCUGCAGCGGCGGCAGGCAGCGCGUCCAGUCCCUUGCUCCGCUCCGCUGCCAGCCGGGCGCCUCCUGCCCGCGCAGCUGCUAUCUACCCCGGCGUCUCUGUUCAUGGCACAGCGGGGCGGCCCCAGCUGCAGGAGCCCGGCUGGACGGCUCGGCGUCAGACGGUGACUACUCUACUUGAAAAAUACGUGCUCAGUCAGCAAAAGGAACACAACUUUUCAAGACCAUUCUAUGUGGAAAUCAAUCCAUGCCCCAUUACCUGGUUGAGUGAAACCAGAUUAAGAACUUCUGCCAUGGCAGCUCUUCUACUAGGAGCUUUGCUGCUUAUGGUUCAACCUCAUAUAGUGCCUUCAAGACCAGCCGUAAUUUCUAAGACUGAGGCCACUUCUCAAUCUGUUCAGAAAGAGCUUUUAAAGAAAACAGUUCUCAAAAAUGACUUCAAAGGAAACAUUCAUUUUAACGGAUCUUGCCAGCAGCUACCACAAACUAUCAUUAUUGGAGUAAGAAAAGGUGGAACAAGAGCCUUAUUAGAGAUGUUGAGUCUCCAUCCAGAUAUUGCAGCAGCAGAAAGUGAAGUCCAUUUCUUUGACUGGGAGGAUCAUUAUGGAAAUGGAUUGCAGUGGUAUAUGAAUCAAAUGCCAUUCUCUUAUCCCCAUCAGAUCACAGUGGAAAAAACCCCAGCCUAUUUCACUUCACCCAAAGUGCCUGAAAGAGUUUAUAACAUGAACCAGUCAAUGAGACUACUCCUUAUUUUGAGAGACCCAAGUGAGAGAGUACUAUCUGAUUACACCCAAGUGUUCUAUAAUCAUGUACAAAAGCACAAGCCGUAUCCAUCCAUUGAAGAAUUCCUGAUUAAAGAUGGUGAACUCAACGUGGACUACAAGGCAAUAAACAGAAGCUUAUAUUACUUUCACAUGCAAAACUGGUUGAAGUAUUUUCCUCUUGAGCGCAUUCACAUUGUAGAUGGGGAUAAACUAAUCAAAGAUCCUUUCCCAGAAAUAGAGACAGUAGAGAGGUUUCUAAGGUUGUCACCUCAAAUAAAUGCUUCAAACUUUUACUUCAAUAAAACUAAAGGCUUCUAUUGCCUAAGGGAUAGUGGUAGGGAACGUUGUUUACAUGAGUCAAAAGGAAGAGCACACCCUCAUGUAGAUUCUCAUUUACUUGAUAAACUGUAUGAAUAUUUUCAUGAACCUAAUAGAAAAUUCUUUGAGCUUGUUGGCAGAACAUUUGACUGGCACUAAUUUGUGUUAAGUUAUUGAUAAGCUUCAGAGCCUAAGUUUCAGUGUACGCUUAGAAAUUAUAUAAAAAAGGGCAUUUAAGCUAUAAUUUAUUUGUAAAAUCCAUAAAUACUUCUGUACAGUAUUAGUUUCACAAUUGCCAUAUAAACUAGUUAUAUUUUUCUACUUGUUAAAUUUGAAGACAUUUUGUAUUGUUUUUCAUGGUUGUUACAUUAUGGGUUACGUCUCUAUAUGAAGGAACUAAAAUAUUUCACUGCAGAAGAUGCUUUCUUGAGAUUGUGUUAUCUGUUUAAUAUAUAAGAAAUUCGUUUAAACAAAACCCUUCAGAAUUAUCUGAAUCUUUGAAAUAUAGUAUCUGGACUUUCUCUCUUUAUUGUGAAUGACCACAUGAACUUUACACUUUUUGUUGUUUUUUACUAGCGACUUUAAUUUUAAAAUGUCAUUGGGCAGCAAAGUUCUCUAAACUGCUUUAUACAAUUAAUCCUUACUAAAGUGAUACCUCACAUACUUAUUAGGACAUGACAUGUCAGGUACAAUGGAAUACUCUGUAAACAGACAUACUGACUACCGUACUUACCUUCAUAUUUCAUUUCUUAACUGGUGCCCCUGAAAUUCUUUGGCAGUAUAAUGCCAGUUUCAUGGUAGAUUUUAAAAGAUUCUGUGGAUACAUGCUCAUAAAAAACACUAUUGGAUGCAGAAAUACAGUCAACCUAGGAACUUCCUUUAUUUUCUGUAUGUUUAUGUAUAUCUUCUUUAUACUGAAAAAUGGGAGUGAAUGAUUUAAGCAAUAUUGAUAAAUUUUAAAGAUUGCUCAUGAUUGUUUCUUAAUUCUAUAGCAUCUAUUUCUGCUUCAGAAUCACUGAAAACUAACACCCACUCACGAGCCAUUAGUUGGAUUAACCUCUAGAAAUUAAUAGCCUUAUUUUCAUUUAUGUUAAGACCUCCCAAACACUGCUCCGGCUAUAUAAAGGUUCCAAAAGUAAAUGUAAAUGACAUUUGCACCCAUAUUAAAGGCCCUUUUUGCUGCCAGAGUGGUGCUUUUUGCUUUCCACUCUACACUAGGAAAUUAGAUCUACACUAGAAAAAAAUCUACAUCUCUGAGCGAUGCAGUUAAACUGACCGAAUCCCCACUAUGGACUGUGCUGUGUCAACAAGAGAGCUUCUCCUGUCAACAUAGCCUCUUGGGGAGAUGGAGUACCUAUGCUGACAGGAGAAGCCCUCCUGUUGGCAUAAGUAUCUGAAGUGCAGCUGCAGCAUUUUAAGUGUAGAUCUGCCCUUAUUGCAAAUGAGAAUCAGAUCCACAGAUUUUUCUCUUUCUUCCUCUCUUCUCCCUUUCAAGAAUGUCCAGGUCACACACAGCUUCCAUUCAUGAUUUACAAGGCUACCCUUCUAAGGCCUUUUGUACAUUGGGAUUAGCCCCUACUUCAGCAAUUCUUAUGGCUCCCCCUCUGCUGGAAACUGAGAGUCCAGUGCAAAUAAUGGCUUUCCUUGCCUACAGGAAGAAUUUUCAUGUAUUAUUGACCAUCAGUUAUUGAAAUCAGAACAAAUCCUGCAUAUAGACAAGGUCCAAAAUAGUACUUAAGACGUAAGCUCUUCAAUUGUAAUGGAGGGAUCUGGCCCAAGAUCUAUAAUAUGCAGAUCAAGUGACACAAUGAAACCAAAUUUUCAUUGAAUUCUGGACAGAUAAUUACAAUACUUUAUAUGACUUAAAUUUGUGUACAUUAACCUUUGAUGGUGAGAUGGAGGGUGGUUCAGGACCAGGCUGUGUUAGGCAGGUAUGGCUGCUUGUGUACCAUCUUCUGGAGCAAACAUCACAUACAAUGUUGCUUGCAUGAAGAUUUGUAGCUGCUUUUUUUCUCUCUCCAUUCUUUGUGUACUUGCUCAAGCUGGAUUCAACCUCAGAGAGGCUUUUUUAAUUUAUUGAUUUAAUUAUUUUAAGUAAAAAUUUGGAA